GGACAUUGCGUGUUCACAUUUACCGGCGUCGACUCUGGAUGCUCAUGUGUAGUUAUCAUUUUUAGCUAAAUAGUUUUGUAUCGUAACAUUUGCAUCUAACUAGCUAAAAUAGAAUACGUUUAUUCAUCGUAAAAUGUUGUGUUUGAGUAGUUUAUCGGUCGCCCUCGCGGCGCUAGCGUUGGUACCGAGUAGUAGCGACGCUUUGAAAGAUGGGGAUUGUGAAGGUGGGUUGGUUUGUCUCAUAUUUACGUCACUCUAACUAUGGAUAUAGUUAGUUAGUAGUAGCUAAGUUUUAUGGCAACCUAUGUUGUGAAACUUAUGUUGUACAACUCCAUGAAUUAUCAGUCAAUCUUCACCAAAUUGAUUUUGACUUGCUAACUACAAUACAAUAGCUGAGAAGAUCUCUUUCAAUGUGGUCUUCUGGCUAUACAUAUAUUUUUUAAAGAAGUAUUGUAGUUUGUUGUAGCUAGCUAGCUUAGCUAGUACUUGUCAAUGAAGUCAUAUAGCUAAUUGCUCAUUAAAGCCUUGCUUGUGCCCAAGGCCAGUUACUGCAUGUGGUUUCAGUUGGUGACGUUUUGUGCUUCUUGAGUCCUUCGUGAAAUUGUUAUUCUUAUCUCAGAUGUGAUGGCUGAUCAUACUUGAGUAGAAUUGGUCAGGUUUAUCCAUAAGUGUCAUAACAUAGACUGAUUGACCAUAACAUAACUCAGGUUUGUAGGUCUAAAUCCUGGCCCACCCAUAUGUCUACAACAACUGGAGUUACCUAUUUCUGGUCUAGAUGAAAUGUUUUUAUCUGAAGUUUAGCUAGCCUAUAAGGGAAUGUGUAAGUCAUGAUGUGUCGCCACUUUACAGUCUUACCGAUGACGGUGUCUUCUUGUUUUGCCUUUCAGUGUGUGUGAGCUUCCUGGGUCGGUUCUACCAGACGUUACAAGACAACAAUGUGAAAUUCACCAGUGCAGACAUCGAGAAGGCCCUCGUCAAAACCUGCAAAGACGCCAAGGGCAAGGAAAACCGCUUUGUAAGUGAUUUAGGCUAAUCUUUUUGUUUUAGUUUAAUGGAAGUCUAAUCGGUAAAUUACAUUGUGUCCUAUCCAGAUUAUCCACUGGGUUUGUUGUUGAUUCAUUGCUGUAAUUUUCUUCCUUCUUUACCCUAGUGUUACUACAUUGGUGGAACAAGUGAUGCAGCCACCAAAAUUCUCAACGAGAUCUCCAAGCCCUUGAGCUACCACACACCAGUGGACAAGAUCUGUGAGAAACUGAAGAAAAAGGACAGUCAGAUCUGUGAACUGAAAUACGGUAAGAAAAAAAGUAUUAAAAAAAAAAAAAAAUCUAUGUGUUAUUGUCAAAUACACUGGAUAGGUGCAGUGAAGUGUGUUGAUUUACAGGGUCAGCCAUAGUAGUACGGCGCCCCUGUAGCAAAUUGGGCUUAAUUGCCUUGCUGAAGGCCACAUCAACAGAUUUUUCACCUUGUCGGCUCCGGGAUUCGAACCUGGCUCAGUGCUCUAACCGCUGGGCUACCUGCCGCCCAGGUGGACCCAUCUCACAUGACUUAGUAUGCAGUUGUUUAAGUGAAAUCAAUACUACAGUUCUGAACCACACUUACGAUGUGUAUAACAUAAUGAUGUAUACAGCCUAAGCUAAUGUAACAUACACAGCAUGUUAAUAUCGCUCAGUACUACGUGUCUCUCUGACAGCUAAAGCCUUCUCAAUGUUGUCUACAUUGACAUUUUAGUCAUUUAUACUAAACAAAAAAUAUAAACGCGACAUGCAACAAUUUCAAAGAUUUUACUGAGUGACAGUUCAUAUAAGGAAAUCAGUCAAUUGAAAUUCAUUAGGCCCUAAUCUGUGUUUCACAUAACUGUGAAUACAGAUAUGCAUCUGUUGGUCACAGAUACCUUAAAGGUAGGGGCUUGGAUCAGAAAACCAGUCAGUAUCUGGUGUGACCACAAUUUGCCUCAUGCAGUGCGACUCAUCUCCUUUGCAUAUAGUUGAUCAGGCUGUUGAUUGUGGCCAGUGGAAUGUUGUCCCACUCCACUUCAAUGGCUGUGCGAAGUAGCUGGAUAUUGGCAGGAACUGGAACCCGCUGUCGUUCACAUUGAUCCAGAGCAUCCUAAACAUGCUCAAUGGGUGACAUGUCUGGUGAGUAUGCAGGCCAUGGAAGAACUGGGACAUUUUCAGCUUCCAGGAAUUGUGUACAGAUCCUUGCGACAUGGGGCCGUGGAUUUCAUGCUGAAACAUGAGGGGAUGGAGGCGAAUGAAUGGCACGACAAUGGGCCUCAGGAUCUUGUCACAGUAUCUCUGUGCAUUCAAAUUGCCAUCGAUUUUUUUUAUUUUUAAGAAAUGCAAUUUUCUUCAUUGUCCGUAGCUUAUGCCUGCCCAUACUAUAACCCCACCGCGACCAAGGGGCACUCUGUUCACAACAUUGACAUCAGCAAACCGCUCACACACACAACGCCAUACACGUGGUCUGCGGUUGUGAGGCCGAUUGGACGUACUGCCAAAUUCUCUAAAACGACUGACGUGACUUAUGGUAGAGAAAUUAACAUUCAAUUCUCUGGCAACAAUUGCACGCUCCCUCAACUUGAGACAUCUGUGACAUUGUGUUGUGUGACAAAACUGCACAUUUUAGUGGCCUUUUAUUGUCCCCAGCACAAGGUGCACAUGUGUAAUGAUCAUGCUAUUUAAUCAGCUUCUUGAUAUGCCACACCUGUCAGGUGGAUGGGUUAUCUUGGCAAAGGAGACAUUUUCACUAACAGGGAUGUAAACAAAUUUGUGGACAAAAUCUGAGACAAAUACGCUUUUUGUGGGUAUGGAACAUUUCAGGGAUAUUUUCUUUCAGCUCAUGAAACAUGGGACCAACACUUUACAUGUUGCGUUGAUAUUUUAGUUCAGUAUAGCAGAUGUUCUUAUCCAGAGUUACUUACUGUAUUGAGUGCAUACAUUUUUUGUAGUGGUACCCCGUGGGAAUCAAACCCACAACCCUGGUGUUGCAAACACUGUGCUACACCAACUGAGCCACACAGGACAUUUCUCCUAUUACCUAUUUUGUCCCUCGUUAGUUCCCGUAGUUUAGUCUCAUGAGACUACCACAAAACGUUUAGCCAAUAUUGUUCUUUAUAGCCGUCACAAUACCAGUGGAUAAUUGUUUGUGGAUCAUGCAUAGUUGUUGUAUUUGGACAUAGCCACAUAGGACUACAUUGUACAAGCUAUUUACAGUAUAUACACGAACGCGGGUGUCUGACGAAGACCUAUUUUGAACGUCAUUACCGUACCGUGGCCUGUCUGUGGAGGUUUGUGUGGGACUAUGAUUGCCCUGGCAGUGAAAUGUGAUCCUUCUCUCUCUAUAUAGAAGGUGGAAAGAGACUCUGCAUUCUACUGUGUGCUCCCAUGUUGUCAGUGAAUCACAUUGGAGCAUAGAAUAGAGUGUUACUCCAUCUCGAAUCCUCUGCCGCACAGACUUGACAUACCUCCUGAAACCCCUCCUGAAACGUUCUUAGCCAGUUACACCACCGAAAAGCUAGCAGUUCGGCAUUGCGGGCGGUGACGUUUCAAGCUCAGGAGUGAGGUUACGAAUCCAACUCCAUUCCACUAUAAUCUUUACUUCCCUCUCUCCCUUGCCUGCAGACAAACAGGUGGAUCUGAGCACAGUGGACCUGAAGAAACUGAAGGUAAAGGACUUGAAGAAGAUCCUGGAGGAGUGGGGAGAGUCAUGUAAAGGCUGCGCGGAAAAGUCUGACUUCAUCCGCAAGAUCAAUGAACUCAUGCCC